GGCUUUUUUUCUCCUUUAUGCGCUGAGAGGCAGCUGGGCAGAGUGGGAGCGCUCUCCUGUCCUGAGCCGCCUAUCGUCUGCCCGGAACGCACCUUGGGCCAGGGCGGCGCCGCGCUCCCCGCAGGUUACCGUCAGAUCCGUUCAGUAGUGCCUGCUCUCCUGUUCACCCGACCUCGUCGUGGGCCGUGCAUUUGGGGACUCUGGAGGGUGUUCCCCGCCCCGCCACCCCCAGUGCAUCGCUGCACCCUCGCCUGUCGGGGGGACAAAGUAAGGCGGCAGAAACAACCCUCCCACGCUUUCCAGGUGGCCAGGGGAGGCGUGCUGAGGGGAGACGCGGGGACAGAAUGCUUUGAACAGGAGAAACCUGGCGCAACCCAUUUUCCAUAUGAGGAAACUGAGAUACAGAGACACGAAGUGUUAGUGACGGACGCAGACUCCCAGUACCUUUUUGCCUUUGAAUGGAAGGAACUUGACACCCGGGAAGCUAUUCACUACACUUGGACAGUGCUUCCACAGGGCCUUCGGGACAGCUGCUGUCUUUUUGGAAAUGCGUUAGCAAAAGAACUGAGGGAACUGAGCCUGAAAAAUGGAACUCUGUUACAGUAUGUUGAUGACCUAUUAAUAAAUAGGCCACAACAGAAGAAUACGCCUGUGAGCCAGUAGAAGACCUGAGAUACUUAUUCAAAAACCAAGCACCACUAACAGAUGAGUAAAGGGUGAUGUGGUAGGCUGGACUUCUGUUUGCUUACUUUGUUAUAUUUUUGCUCACAUCUUGCCGGUUUGCUCAACCACCCCCACUGAAAAAGCAACUCUUUUGUCCCUCCUGGGUCUAGAAGACCAGAACCAAUGACAGAGUGGAAAAUGUGGGUACUUCUCUUGGCCCUUCUCCUAAAGAGGGGCUGGGGAGGAAAUAAUAAGGGAAGGGGAACCUGGAGAGAAAACUCAGUCGUCAACCAUUCCAGCAUUUUGGCCUCAGGAAAUAAUCUCUCUAACUGUUGGAUCUGUCAUCCCCUCGCACAAGAGGGGGUUUCUCGGCUCCGGUUUGUGCCUGUAGAUGAGGACAUUAAUCUCAUCCUGACUUCUGAACCCAUUAGGAGCACACUGCUUCUAAUAGUGGAACUCGAAGAUCAUGAUGAUAUCGGGUGUGUAGAGCUUACAGACCCUUGGAACCAAACCCGUCUCUGGAUCAAGCGGCCCCUUCUCUGCACAGGGCAAGGAAAACCCUGUUGCCCCUGCCAGACAGAUACCUGCCUUACCGAUACGGGAAGCUCACUCUCUAUUUAUCCUAUGUCAUUUUCCACUUCAAGCUCCUCAUGCACUCCUAACCAGACUCAUUGGUGUGUGGACCCAUCUCUGCUCUCCCCAGGGACCCAACCCAACAGCUCUUGUACGCACUGGAAGGGAACAGCAGCCCCUUCCUGGAGGCUCACCUAUCAGACCCCAUCUGCCUUCAGUGAUGAGGAGGGAAUAGAGGAAAACUCAGAACUAGAUGGAGGACCACUAGACGGAGGGCCCCUGUCCCCCAGAUGCAAUAAUGCACCUAGCUGGGGUUCCCUUUUACGUCGAUGGUUUAAUUCCACUUCACCCCGCCAGGCUUGUACCCCCGCUGGACAUCUGUUCCUCUGUGGUCCACCGCAAAAUAAACUACCCUUCGAAGGGAACCCAAAUUCCUCCUUCUCCUGGCCUCUCCGAGCAAUGGCCUAUCCAUGCUUAGACAAUGUUCACUUCCGGGGAGAAUGCACUUUGGGACGACUGGGCCCUAAAGGACAAGGUGCCACCAUAUAUAAUAAUGCCACCUCUCAAAACAGACAUAGCUGGGCACUCAGACUAAUCCUGGCAGGAAUUGGGGCGGCCAUAGGAGUGGCCGCCCCUGGGGUGUUUUUCCCUAUCACAAAACAACCUUAAGAAACCUCACACAGGCCAUAGAGAACCUGGCCUCAAAAACUGGUGAUGGGAAUUCCCUAGUGGUUAGGACUCAGUGAUUUCAUUGCCGAGGGCACAGGUUCAAUCCCUGGUCACGGAACUAAGGUCCCGAAAACCUCACUUGGCGCAGCCCAAAAAAAAAAUGGUGAUGCCUUUAAGGGGCCUCCAGGAGUCCCUAGAUUCCUUAGACGAUGUUGCGUUUGACAAUAGGUUAACCCUGGAUUAUCUUCUGGCUGAACAAGAGGGUGUCUAUGCAGUAAUUAACAAAACUUGCAGUACAUACAUCAACAACUUGGGGGAAGUUGAACUAAAUAUUCAGGAAAUUUAUGAACAAGCUAAAUGGUUACAUGGGUUCAGCUACCCCACUGCCCAAACUAUAUGGGACUCAGUUAAAGGUUACAUCCCUGGCAUUACUUGGUUCCUGCAUCUCUUGGGCCCUCUAGUGGCAGUAGUUCUUUUGUUAUUAUUCAGACCCUGCCUGUUUAAUCUUUUAGUUAGAUUUAUGUCUUCCAGGCUUCAACAGUUCCAAGUGAGGCUCAUGGUGGCCCAAGGAUUUCAACCCGUUCCAUUAGAAGGUGACCCGUGUCCCUGUAGGUCCUUGGAACAGUCAUCAAGGGACUUCUACACCUCUAGGGUAGGCUAGGGUCUGUGGCCCCUGUUCAGCAGGAAGUAGCUCCAGAAGAAGAGACAUUUGGCCCCUUGACCCUUAAGAAUAAUGGGUGCAGGGCUUUCCUGGUGGCAUAGUGGUUAAGAAUCCGCCUGCCAACGCAGGGGACACAGGUUCGAGCCCUGGUCUGGGAAGAUCCCACAUGCCACGGAGCAAC